AUGAGUUGGACCGGUUUUAAAAAAGCCUUAAAUAGAGCAGGUAAUAGUGUCUUAAUUAAAGAUGUCGAUAAAACUAUUGACAGACAAUACGAUGUUGAAGAACGUCGUUAUAAAGUUUUAGAAAGAGCAGGUAGCGAAUUACAAAAAGAAUCCAAAGGGUAUUUGGACAGUUUAAGAGCUGUUACCGCGUCUCAAGUUACUAUUGCAGAGGCUAUCUCUAACCUAUAUGAUGACGCAAAGAGCAUCAGUGGAUCUUACAACGUGGGUGAUUACUAUUUGCAAUGUGUCCAAGAUUUUGAUACUGAAACUGUCAAACAACUUGAUGGACCCUUUAGAGAAACUGUUUUAGAUCCAAUUUCUAAAUUUUCAAAUUACUUCAUUGAGAUUGAGGAAGCUAUAAAAAAAAGAGCUCACAAAAAACAAGAUUAUGAUGCAGCAAAGGCCAAAGUUCGUAGAUUAAUCGACAAGCCUGCUAAAGAUGCUUCUAAAUUACCAAGAUCUGAGAAGGAACUAGCUUUUGCGAAAGAUAUAUAUGAAAAUUUAAAUAAUCAAUUGAAAACGGAAUUACCUCAACUAGUGGCCUUGAGAGUGCCUUACUAUGACCCCAGUUUUGAAGCUUUAGUUAAAAUCCAAUUGAGGUUUUGUACUGAAGGGUAUACCAGAUUGGCUCAAAUUCAACAAUAUUUAGAUGAACAGUCUAGAGACGAUUAUGCACAAGGUAAAUUAGAUAUAAGAAUGGAACAAAUUUUACAACAGAUGGGUAGCCUGGAUAUAUGUGCCAUGGGGUAUAAGUAA